AAACAUACUACUACUUUCAUUUUUCUCUGCAUUCUUCACACUACUCAUCUCUAAAUUAAUCUUACCAUUUCUUUCCUAAAUCAAUACUUCUUCAACCCUUCACUUCUUCUUAUUACAUUCUAUUUAUAAUUCUCUGAUCUAUCUCUUAAAUAUGUCUGCUGCUGCUAUUAGUGCUGUGAUGUCUGACAACAACACUCUUCAAGGAGUUCAUCUCAUGGCUAAAGAUAACCCUCCUUGUAUGUCCUUCAGAAGAUUGGAAGGAAAAAUUGCAAUAGUAACAGGUGGUGCAAGAGGCAUAGGAGAAGCAACCGUAAGACUAUUUAUUAGGCACGGUGCAAAAGUUGUAAUUGCGGACGUAGAAGACACACUAGGUAACGCAUUAGCUAAUGCACUUUCUCCUUCCGCAACCUUUAUCCACUGCGACGUUAGUGUCGAAGACGACGUCUGCACGGUGGUGGAUACCGCCGUCGCAUUGCACGGCAGACUAGACAUACUCGUCAACAACGCCGGGGUGUUAGGGUCACAAACAAAGUCACGUAAGAGCAUACUAAAUUUUGAUCCUAACGAAUUUGACCAAAUAAUGUCUAUAAAUGUUAAAGGUAUGGCUUUAGGUAUUAAACAUGCUGCCCGUGUGAUGAUGCCGAAAGGUAGUGGUUGCAUCAUAUCAAUUUCUAGCGUGGCGGGCGUCAUGGGCGGCCUUGGCCCGCACGCCUACACGGCGUCGAAGCAUGCCAUCGUCGGACUAACUAAGAACACGGCUUGCGAGUUAGGGAGAUUCGGAAUUCGAGUUAAUUGUGUGUCACCCUUUGGGGUGGCUACUUCUAUGUUGAUUAAUGCUUGGAGAAGUGGUGAAGAAGAUGAUAUGGAGUUGGGGUUGCCUAAUGGUGAAGAAGUGGAGAAAAUGGAAGAGUUUGUUAGAGGGUUGGCUACUUUAAAAGGUGCUACUUUGAAACCAAAAGAUAUUGCUGAGGCUUCACUUUACUUAGCUAGUGAUGAGUCUAGGUAUGUGAGUGGUCAUAAUCUUGUUGUUGAUGGUGGAUUUACUACCUCUAAGAAUUGUGUUGGUUUGUGAUUACUUGUACUCAAUUACCACUAUUUUUUUCUUUCUUCUAACUUGUUUUGUAUAACUCAAAAAGAAUCAAAGUGUGUGAUAGAAACUAAAGAGUUUAUGUAUUCCUACUGCAUAUUUGAUUAUCUUUACUCACUAAUUAAUUAUAUACCACGCGAUUUAUUA